AUUAUCACAGUAAACACUCAUAAAUAAGUUAAAUACAUAGCACAUAUUAUAACAGAAAAAUAGGCUUUCAAACCUUAAUUCAAACCUUUCGAAUGAUGUCUUCACCACGAAAUUUUGUUCUCGAGGACAUGUUCAAGUUUAACCAUAUUGUUCUGGAUCCAUUGGUGGAAGUAUACUCCCUGCCAUUUCUACUUCCCAAAAUCCUGGAGUAUCCAGAACUCGUUUUAGCGGUGGAUGCCCCCGACGACCGUCUUGUGGGCUUUAUUCUCGGAACGCGUGUCGAGGACUGGCCCGAACACAUUGGAGAUGGAAAGGAUCUGAGUUGGAGUCAUGGACACGUCUCUGCUGUGGCUGUAGCCCAGGAAUAUCGAAAACUGGGCUUGGCCACUCGUAUGCUCACUACUCUUAGGGAUAUGAUGGAUCGACAGAGGAACUUGUACAUGGAUCUAUUUGUGCGGGAGAAGAAUAAAAACGCCAUCAGGCUUUACGAGUCCUUGGGAUACGUAAAAUAUAGCUGGUUGCCCCAGUUUUAUGCCGACGAUCAUGGUUAUGAUAUGAGGCUGCCUCUAUCCCGGGAUGUCGAUAGGAUAUCCCUAGAGGGUAUUUUAAUCAAUAAGCUCUAUAGCUUCGGAAGUAUGCUGUACUAUCUCUUUAUGUUCUAUUUAUUUGGACUCAAAAAUAUGCUGGUUGAUGGCAUAGGCAAAGGACUUGAAUGGAGCUAUAAAUCUAUUAUAUAAAACCACAUUACUUGUUUGUUUUGCUAGGCAACGAAUACUAUAAAUUAAAACAUUUUUGAAACACCCAGAGAAA